AUGAAUAACGAACAGUUCCGGAGGCUGCUUUUCGAUAACAGAACGGGUUCCUCCAGCCCGACAGAUAUUACGGCCAAAAAAGCCUCGUCCAGUGACAAUGCUGCUGCCAAAGGAAGAAGCGGCGCGCUUGGGUCAAGGAUGCGAUCCAGCAUCCCAAUGACACCGCGCGACUCUCAGGACCAGCCGCCAUCGAAGAAAUUUAAAUCAUCCAGUGGCCCAAAAGGGUUCAAAUACGCACCGGGAUACGAAGACAGGGCAUCACUACGACAGAGAAAUGAUUGCAAGGAGGCAGAUGACCGGGAGGAGCGAGUCCGUGGGCUAGAAGAGCUGUUGAAGCUAGGGCAGAUUGACCAGCCUACGUUUGACAAACUACGAGCCGAGAUUGGGGUGGGCGGUGAUAUCUCCAGUACUCACUUAAUCAAGGGACUUGACUGGCAGUUAUUGAAAAGGGUUAAAGCAGGUGAAGACAUCACUGCCAAGAGCCAGGAUCCAACGCCUGAGAUACCGAACGAUGACGAUGAGUUCGAACGCAUCCUUGAGGAAAAGGAGAAGGACAAAGUCGAGAGCGUCGAGAUAAGGGGCAAAGACAAGAAGAAAGGCAAUCUGGCGCCUUUGGCACAAGUGGGAAGCAAAAAGAUGACACGCGAUGAGAUCUUGAAGCAUCUCAAAGCCAGCCGCUUAGCUCAAUCGACGCAACCGGAACCCUCACUUGGAAGCAAAUUUAAGAAGAUUGGAUCUACAGAAACUAAGAAGAAACGGUGGGUUGAGACGGAUGCAAGUGGGAGACGGAAGGAAAUACUGGUCAUAACGGACGCGGAUGGGAAGACAAAGAGAAAAGUAAGAUGGCUGGACAAGCAGGAUGGUGCCAAUGCACACCUUUUGUCUGUGGACAAGAACGCGAAGCCGCUUGGAAUGGAUGUUCCUGCAGAGGUUUUGGCGAGGAUGAAGCCAACUGACGCUUUGGAGGCCGAGGAUGAUGAGGAUAUAUUCGCCGGGGUUGGAGAUGACUACAACCCCUUAGUGAAUGCUGCUGAUGAUGAGAGUACAUCUUCAGAGGAGGAGAGUGACAAAAGGGACGCUUCAACACCAAAGGAACACCCUUCUAGAUCUGCUGUGGGAACACACGACGAACACAAACCCUCUUCAACAUUGCGACGUGACUAUUUUGCUACCGGUAAAGCCAAACGGGAACCAGAACCGUUUGAGCAGGAGUCUACCGACCGUUCCAAUCCGCUCAUGUCCGAUCCUACCAUAAGAGAAGCAUUGAAGAAGGCCGCGACAAUCAGAACACGAGAGCCGAUAUCCGACGACGACACCAAUGACGUGGAUAAGAGGUCUGCUGAAAAACAUAAAUCAUUUCUUGAGGAAGCUAAACGCCGGGAGAUGGAAGAUGCUCUGGAUAUGGACAUGGGUUUCGGUGAUAGUAGAUUUGGCGAUGACGAUGAGGAGGAGUUUCUUCCGCAGGGCUCCAGCCAGAACAAGAGGAAGCGCGGUCCGAAGAAGAAAAAGGGAGACAAGAACAAUGUUAGUGAUGUGUUAAGUGUUCUGCAGGGGAGAGGGAAGGGUUGA